AUGUCACGAAGGAUUCUCUUGUCGGCCUUACUGGUCACCGCCGUGUCCGCUCAACAGCCAGGCAAACUGACACCCGAAGUUCAUCCCAAACUUCCAACAUGGGCGUGUACUGUUUCCGACGGCUGUAUCCAGAAGGACACAUCCUUGGUCCUCGACUCUGACUACAGAUGGGUACACACGGACGACUACACCAACUGCAAGACCAACGGUCUCAACCCAGCCGUAUGUCCCGACGCCGAGACAUGUGCUGCCAACUGUAACCUCGAGGGCGUCGACUACACUGGAUCUGGGAUUCACACCAAUGGUAGCGAGCUUACCCUGAACCUCUUUGUCAACCGGACCGAUGGGACCACCAGUCUUGUUUCCCCGCGAGUCUACCUCCUUGCCAACGGGACGACCUACGACAUGUUCUCGCUCCUAGACAAAGAGUUUACCUUUGAUGUGGACGUCAGCAAGCUCCCAUGUGGCACCAAUGGAGCUCUUUACUUCAGUGAGAUGCUCGCCAACGGAGGCAAGAGCUCGCUGAACCCAGCCGGCGCAAGCUAUGGCACGGGCUACUGUGAUGCCCAGUGCCCUACUCCAGCCUUCAUCAACGGCGAGGCCAACCUCGAAUCUUGCGGCGCCUGCUGCAACGAAAUGGACAUCUGGGAAGCCAAUUCCCGCGCCACCGCCUUCACUCCUCAUCCCUGCAACGUCACUGCGCUCUACAAGUGCUCCGGCGCUCUCUGCGGUCAUACCGACAAGUACCAAUCCGUCUGCGACAAGGACGGCUGCGACUACAACCCCUACCGCCUCGGUGACCACCCUUACUACGGUCGCGGCGAGGGCAACAAAGUCGACACCACGCGCCCUUUCACCGUGGUCACUCAGUUCUUCAGCAACACGACGAGCGCCGGGGAGAAGGAAUUGUCGGCCAUUAAGCGGCUGUACCUCCAGGAUGGCAAACUGAUCAGCACUUCCACCAUCGUCGUGCCUGGGUUCGAUUCAACGAGCGAUACCAUCACCGACGAUUAUUGCGCCAAGAACAAGCAGAUCUUUGGAGGAGUCAACGCGUUUGCCAACCAGGGCGGACUGCGACAGAUGGGCGAGGCGCUGCAUCGGGGCAUGGUUCUGGUUUUCAGCGUGUGGCAUGAUGCGGGAAGCGCGAUGAAGUGGUUGGAUGGGACGUUCCCUUCCGGUGCUGAUCCGGAGACACAGCCUGGGACAGAAAGGGGCCCGUGUCUGCCAGAGGAAGGGCAUGCAGAUGAUAUCCAGAGAGAUGCGAGCUGGACAGAGGUCAAGUUCAGUAAUGUGAAGAGUGGGGAGAUUGGGUCGACUUUCAAGGUUUGA